AUGUUGUAUUCUAGGUUGGCUUUUGCAAGUGUUUUACUCCUUGCAUUGGUCUCUGUAUUUGCUGCUUCUGUAGAAGGUCGUCGCCGUCGUGUGGUUCGUGCAACUCCAACCAUUAAGAGAUGCCAAUCAUUGGGUGAUCCUCACUUCACAACUCUCAAUGGUCUUCAAUACGAUUUCCAAGGUCUUGGAGAUUAUGUCUUUAUCAAGACUGGUGAUGGUCAAUUCACUGUUCAUACUCGUACUGGAAGAUGGGGUCCUGGAGCAUCUGUGAAUGUUGCUGCUGCAGUUGAUCUUGGAAAUGAUCAUACCUUUGAGUACGAUGUGGAACAAGAUGUGUUUUAUGUUGAUGGAGAAAAGACUGAAAUUAAGGUUGGACAACAGUUCAAAUUGGGUUCUGGUACAGUGGAAAGAGUUGGACCAUCUUCUGUGAUUGCAACUGCCAAGAAUGGAGCUCGUUUGACCAUGGGUUGGUAUAGAAAUUCACAAUGGAAGCAACAACUCGGAUCUGUUGGAUACAUCUCCCUCGUGGUCGAUAUGCCAUCCGAUGUUGAAGUCUCUCAAGGAUUGUGUUUGACUCAAAACCACAGCAAUUUGGCUGCAAGAGGAAUUCUUCAUAAUCAUAAGGCUAGAAAGAUUAUUCGUUUCACUGAUGCUAAGAAGAUCACUGCUAGAAGAAAGAAGUGGGCUAAGAAGGUCUGUAGAAAGGCUGGUUUGAGCAAGAAGAAGAAUCCAAAUGCUUUCAGAGAUUGUAUCUUGGAUACCAUUCAAUCCGGAAAGAAGAUUGGAAAGACCAUUGCCAAGAAUAUUAAAAAGAUUAAAAAGCUUGAAAAGAAGGGUAAUAAGAAGUACUUGAGAAAGUUGAAGAGCAAGUUGGAUAAGCAAAUCUCGAAAGUGAUUAGAAAGAAGGAAACUGAAAUUUCCAAAUUAGAAAAGAUUGCAAAGGAAGUGAGAAUCUCCUCUGAAAUCAAGAAGAAGAAAUGUAUUGCCAAGAACAAUCAGAAAGCAGAAGAUGCUGAACAAGAAGUCAAGAAGGCUCAGAAGAAACUCGUUGAACUCACUCUGAGAAUGAAGAGAAGAGCUUUACGUAUCUUGAAGAAGGCUGCUCGCAAGGCCAGAAAGUUGGCAAGAAAGGCCCGUCGUUUGGCUCGUAUUGCCAAGAGAAAGGCCACUCGAAAGGCCAUUCGUGCUGCUAGAAGAGCCAAGAAGUUGGCCAAACAAGCUCAACGACGUGCUCGAAGACUCGCAAGAAAAGAAAGAGCUUUGGCAAGAAAGGCCAAACGUGCUGCUCAAAGGGCUGCAAGAAAGACUGCAUGGAAGAAGGCCAAACGUGCUGCUAGACGUGCUGCAAGAAGAGCUAGACGUGCUGCAUUGAAGGCUGCUCGUAAGGCAAGACGUGCUGCAUUGAAGUUCAAGAAAACUGGUUCUCGAAGAGCAAGAAGAGAUGCUAGACGUGCAAAGAGAGCUGCUCGCAAGGCUGCUUUGAAGGCAAAGAGAGCUCAAAAGAAGAUUGAAAGAGAGAAGAGACGUGCUGCUCGUCGUGCCAAGAGAGCUGCUCGUAAGGCAAGAAGAGAAAGAAGAAGACAAUGUCUUCGUAUUGCAUAA